AUGGGGGACGAGCCGAUGAGUUCUCAGCCUUCAGAUGCUGGAAGUGGCCAUCGGCCAUUCCCUGCCCUGCGCUCGCCAUCCUCUAUCUCCAAACCCACUAACCCCGCUACCCAACCCGACUCAACCACCCCUCAUCGCAACGUCCAGCCUCUGUUCCGCAUCUCGACCACCUACUCCACUACCUCCGCCAGAGCUCUCUCGUUCCAAGGACAAGUGGUCCCGAGUAUCACACCUCUUCAACUAGCCGAGAAUGGUCUAUAUUUCCUGCUCCACCCAGGGUUUGGCGGCACAGCGUGCUGCUUUGCCUGCCAAUCGCUCACACCUCUCUACACCUUCCAGCGAGCUUCUAUCGAAGAAGUGGAACAACUUCACAAAGUCGACUGCAUAUGGCAAAUCAUCCGCCAUGACUUGAGAUCCACCUCUGAAAAACCCGACACGCUGCGCCGCCCAACCAUCAACCGCUACCUCUCCUCAGACAAACAGCCAUCCAAUUCGACCACCCCCACCGCCAGUACGCAGUCCCAGAACCAAUCGAGAGAUCUAGCACCUGCGAUACAAGAGGCUCACACCACCUCACACCUCAAUAAUGCGCCCAACCAGCGGACCGCUACUAGGCUUGAGCCGCAACUACCUCACUCAACCCGCUCCCCUCAACCUCUCCAAUCGACAGCCACUACCUCUACUACCUCCGCAACUCCACUCCAACGACCCACAUAUGCCACAGUUCUCCAGCAACCCACUAUAACUAGACCGCAACCGACACCCACAUCCCACCAAUCUGUCCCUCCGAAAACCACACUCACAAUCGAAGAUCUUCACCUUCGUUUUCACAAUAAACCGUCACCGUUUAAGCUCGAGAAAAGGAAAAAGAAACGUCCAAACACCGCAUUCGCCGCACAGUCAUUGUCCAGAUUUCUAAAUUCAGCAUUGCCAGCGUUCUCGCGAUUUCUGGCGGAGAUGCAGCCAGCCGCGGACAACUCUUGGCCGGCUUACAUGGAAACUCAAUAUAACCGCGCCAUGAGGGCAGCCUAA